GCCGUGGGAAGAGGUGGGGCCCGGCCUGUGGUGAGAGAGUUUGGUGGCUGCGGCUAGGCGUGCGCGGUGACUGGAGAAACUCGGAUACAAGCUCACAUCUCUAUUGGAAACCUGCUAGCCACAAGAUGAGUCUGCAGUGGACUGCAGUUGCCACCUUCCUCUAUGCAGAGGUCUUUGCUGUGUUGCUUCUCUGCAUUCCCUUCAUUUCUCCCAAAAGAUGGCAGAAGAUUUUCAAGUCCCGCCUGGUGGAGUUGGUAGUGACCUACGGCAACACCUUCUUUGUGGUUCUCAUUGUCAUCCUUGUGCUGCUGGUCAUUGAUGCUGUACGCGAGAUUCGAAAGUAUGAUGAUGUGACAGAAAAAGUGAACCUCCAGAACAAUCCUGGAGCCAUGGAACAUUUCCACAUGAAGCUUUUCCGUGCCCAGAGGAAUCUCUACAUUGCUGGCUUUUCCUUGCUGCUGUCCUUCCUGCUUAGACGCCUGGUGACUCUCAUCUCUCAGCAGGCCACACUGCUGGCCUCUAAUGAAGCCUUUAAAAAGCAGGCAGAGAGCGCUAGCGAGGCGGCCAAGAAAUACAUGGAGGAGAAUGACCAGCUAAAGAAGGGAGCUGCUGUGAAUGGAGGCAGGUUGGAUGUUGGGAAUGCUGAGGUGAAGUUGGAGGAAGAGAACAGAAGCCUGAAGGCUGAUGUGAAGAAGCUAAAGGAUGAUCUGGCCAGCACCAAGCAAAAACUAGAGAAAGCCGAAAACGAAGCUCUGGCCAUGCGGAAGCAGUCUGAAGGCCUCACCAAGGAGUAUGACCGCUUGCUGGAAGAGCACGCCAAGCUUCAGGCCUCGGUAGAUGGUCCCACAGACAAGAAGGAGGAGUGAGGGCCUGCCUCCUCCCCUGCCUGCAACCAGCUCCCACCUGAUCCGUGCUCGCUGCUUCCUGGGAGCCUCUUCCUCCGGUACUUAGGUUCACUCCCUUCUGCUUGCCCCAUUCCCUUUCACAGCUUGUAGCUCAUCAUCUCGGCCCCUUUCCACACUCUGCCAACAUACCAAAGGGGACCUGAUCAUCACUCAUUCAGAGUGAUUUUGCCAUUAUCCUGCCUAGCCAGGCAGCUUCCACUCCUAGGAGUGUGGAGGGCACUUUGUGACCUGGCCUGCGUUUGAGUGCAUUUUGUUUUGCCAUGUUGAUGUGUUCUGUGGUCCUGCAGGAGGCCUGUAAAACAGGCCAGUUAGUUUCUCCUGAGGGCAAUAAAAGUUGUUAUGAUGUAUAUGAGGUGCUUGUGUG